CUCAUAUCAAUUUUAGGGCAAGUGUAAGAUAUAUUCGAAAUUUCAUUGAAAGCCUUAACGAUAAUUGAUUUCCCCCAUUUACAAGACAAAAAUCAAUGAUUCUCCAUCUUUUAAGUCAAAACUUAUUACUUAGAAUAAACAGUAUGCAAAAUGAAAAAAAAUACAUUGCCUAAUAAAUUUUGAGAAAAAGAAAGUAUUAAAUUUAAGAAGGAUUACUAUUUUUAAAAAUGAGACGAUUUUUUUUGUAAAACCUUGAGAGCAAAAAGAGUUCUGCUGGAAAUGAUAACGAAGUUGACUUAUUUUGUGAGCUUUAAGUAAUAGAUUCGAUGGAGAAGUCGGGUUAACCAUAACUUAAAUAUAUGAUGUAAAUCUGUUUGUUUUAUUUACAGGAGUUCACACUCUUCUCUUGAUGAACCCAUUCAAAAUACAUCUGAGUAGGAAUUUCAUGCAAAUCAAAGUGAGCAGAAACUAUACGACUCGAAUUAGAAUGAGAUGAGAAUUUAAAGUAAUUAUGAUAGAAAUGAGAGUGUUUAAAUUUUGAACUAAAAAAAUGAACAAAAAAGACCUAUAAGAAAUAGAAGGAAAUUAAAUGCUAGUUCGUAAUUAAUGGAUUUUCAGUCCGAGAAUAAUUCAUCCUCUUAAAACUUAAGUAUUAUUGCUUGUAGGUGCACUAAAUCGAAUUGCUUGAAAUUGUAUUGUUUAUGCUUCCAUUAAAAUCAAAAAUGCUCUGAUCUUUGCAAGUGCUUUGAAUGUAAGAAUAAGGCAGAGCAUUUUGAGAUCAGAUUCAAUGCUCUAGAGAAGGUCAAAUAAAAAUUGCAUAGAUAGAAAAACGAUGAUGAUUUAUUUGAUAGAUCAAGGGUUUGGGGCUGCAAAUGCCAAAAAUCCUAAUGCCAAAAGAAUUAUUGUGAAUGCUUUGUCAGAAAUUAGAAAUGCUCUUCAAGUUGCAGAUGCAAAGAUUGUGCAAACAAAAAAAGAUUUCCAUUCUAGCAAAAAAAGAAAUAGAAGAACCAAACUUAGGUUUGAGUAUUUGA